AUGGCGGAGAGUGGCCUCUCGGCACGGGACCCCGGUCCUUUUUUUGAUGACGUGAAGCAAAAACCUGCUCCAGUCACUCGCGGACAUCAAGACCAGGGGAGCAGACCCCAAAGUGCCCAAAUCAGGUGUAGAACAGACGGGGACCCUCAGCGCCAGCUCUUGUGUUUCACAGACACCUGCCCGCCGCGCUGGUGCGGACGUGAGCGUGGCUCUGGGGCAGGAGGGCAGCGGGGCCAUCGGGGUGUGGAUGGAAGCCGGCCUCCCUUCCAGUGCCGGCAGGAUGAGGCGUCCCUCACCCUGCUCCUGCAUGUGCCCGCCAUCCAGCCCCAGAGCCUCAGCGGGACUGUGGGCGUGAACCACUACAGCCUCCGCUUCUCCAGUGACACUGGCACCUAUGCCCUCUUCCUACAGUUUCCUCCUGCCAACAGACUGGCGUCCCCCGAGAGCAGCAUUAGCGUGUCUGCCCACAAUGCUGCCGUCGGGCUGGCCAAGGCCCCCGGCUGCACCGGGCCCUGGGAGAAGUUCUGCUUCGGCCUUGAUGCCUCCACUCUGCAGCCACAGGAAGCAGUCCAUUCUGAACAUGAUGGAAAAGAAGAAACGCUCAGCAGCUCAGGAGGCGAUCUCGCUGAAAAGACAAGCGGUGACUACCCCCAAACGAAGGCAGAAACAAAUUGUACUGCAGCUGACACAGCUGAAGGAGAAUGUGUUACCGAAACCAACAAAACUUCCACAUCUUUUGCAACAGCUGAAACAAUAGGAAAAGUGGGUUGUAGUUCACACCAUUGUUUGCAGUAUGAACCCUCCGACACCACUUCAGCGAUUCCUGGCGAAUCUAGGAGAAAGGAACCUGAUUUAGAAAGUGCUGUCACAGUAGGCGAAACGGCCGUGGUCGCAGCCUCUGAGAAGCAGGGUGGCCUUCUGCUGGAGGGGCAGGCAGAAGAGGAAGGGGGUGAAGCGGCUGCGCCUGCAGGGUCGGCACCCGGGAACCAGUGCAGCUGGGACAGCAGACCAGCCUCCCCAGUUCUCCAAGAAGUGAACAGCCAGGAUGGGAGCGUGCAGAUCGUUAGGGAUCACGUAACGCGCUGCCCGGUUGCGUUUCAGAAUUCUUUGCUGUACGAAUUGGACUAG